CAUGUCAGAUCGCCCAGCUGCCGGAAGAAAGCAACAGACCAUUGAAUCCUAGGCGUACUGUGGUUACACAGCCAGGCCGCCACAGAAGGCCCAUGACGGCUCCAAAGACUCAGAAAGACAAGGCGUCUAAGAGGAAGAAAGUGUUGCUUACUGUCCUAAUAGUUGUUGUGCUGUUGGGCAUACUGGUGACAGCAGGAUACUUUAUUAAGCAGCUGAUUGACAGCAAAUACUUCUUCUGCAAGCGUUCAGUAAAGUUCAUCCCAAUAGACAAAGCCUGUGAUGGAAAGGAUGACUGUGCUGGGGGAGAGGAUGAAAUUACUUGUGUGUCAAGCUUUACGGUCAACACUACAUUCCCAGUACGUCUCAUGUCAGACAAGAGUGUCCUACAGGUGUACAGUCCUGGCUCAGGAUGGCGGAGUGUGUGUACUGACAGCUGGACUGAGCAGCACACACAGACAGCAUGUAAACAACUGGGAUACACAAAUAACCCUCAAAGCAGCAAUGUCCCAGUGGACACUCUAAUAUCUGCCAUGAAAACAGGACCAUUCACAGCUGUCAGGCCUGCUACUACAACUACACCCAUACAUAAAGCUACCAUUGACCGCAGUGUAUGCAAAUCCGGAUCUGUGGUGUCUUUGUCUUGUUCAGACUGUGGACAAGUGGGAUCUCAGGACCGUAUUGUUGGGGGUACAGAUGCUUUCAUUGUGGACUGGCCAUGGCAGGUCAGCCUACAGCAGGGUGGCCACCAUACAUGUGGAGGCUCGCUGGUGUCACCACGCUGGGUAGUCACUGCCGCCCACUGCUUCAUUGGUAGUAAAAAGGAGCUGACUAGGUGGAGAGUUGUGUCAGGCCGGACCUACAUGGCCUCGCUGGGAGGCUCCUAUGUGGACAAGGUCAUAGUUAACGGUGACUAUGAUCCAGGACGAAAUGACUAUGACAUAGCACUGAUGAGACUCAGCAGCCCCAUCAAAGUGGGAGAGAGCCAGAAGCCUGUUUGUCUAUCCCCAAAAGCCCUUGGCCUUGCCGCUGGCUCUUCGAUGGUUGUGACUGGCUGGGGAUACCUAAGGGAAGAAGGAACGGUUUCCCCUUCACUUCAGAAGGCCCAUAUCCCUCUGAUAGAUCAGGCAAAAUGUUCCAGCCCCACAGUUUAUGGUAGUGCCAUAACCCCAAGGAUGAUCUGUGCUGGUUUCCUGGAGGGUAAAGUGGAUGCCUGCCAGGGGGACAGCGGGGGACCGUUGGUGCACUCCACCUCUUCUCGUUGGCAUCUGGUUGGAGUGGUGAGCUGGGGCGUCGGCUGUGCCAGGGAGAGAAGGCCGGGCGUCUACUGCAAAGUGGAAGAGAUGCUCAACUGGAUUAAUACGGUCAUUGAGAAAAACUCCUGAUGUCCUCCAUCACAAUGACCAGCCAACACAAGACUCCAGUCCAUACUACUUUGCAGAGACUGUGAAACUAAAAGGAAGCUUUUUGGGUUGUCUUUGUUUGUUUGUUGUUUUCUUGAAGUUGAAGAUGCAUCAACAACAACAUAGAUGAACUGUUAAACACAGCCAUAAACACUACACAUGUACACAAACACACAUUUCAUUCAAACUUAUUUCAGGUGUUGUUUGUGCCAUUUCAAGUUCUUAUCUCAGGGAAAAUUAUAUUUAUAGUAUAUUUAUGUUGUUAUCUGUCAUUUGGCAGUCUGGGAUCUUCAUGGCAGAAAGCUGCUAUUUUCAAACUGAAACUCAAAACAGACAUUAUUGCCUUGAGUUGUGAUAUUGUUUAAAACUACUAAUUUUACAGAUAUUUGAUCACUGGUGCUGACACAAGGACAUAUAAACAACCAUACAAACUGUUUUUAAUUGGAAUACAAAAAAAUGACUGUUCCGCCGACUCAGUGGUAUUGGUUGGCAGUCGAGAAACCAUCCAAGGCACUCUGAUUAUAAGUUUAUUAAAUUGUGGACCGGUGAAGAAGGUGGAUCUUACUAUGUGCUAUAAUAUAUACUGUAGGUGUGCAAUACAUAAUAUGAGGUUUCAUAUGGAAAACUGCUAUGCAAAGAAAGGCAACAAAGCUGUGCUAUACUAAUGCCAACAGGAGUACUCGUGAAGCCUCAGGUUAAUAUCACUAAUACUGUCCAGAUGUUGCAGCAUGGUGCUGAUUCAGUUGAUCUGAUGUGUGCUAAUUCAAGGGCAAUUGCACCUUUUUCACAGCACAGAUGAUAUGCUUGUGUCCUACAACAGAAUGAUUUCUAUGAGCACUUUAUGUGGAGAGUGAGAAUUACUUGACUUUACUGUAUAUGCCAAUAAUUCAAGUAGUUAGUCUUAUAAUGCACUGAAACUCUAAUCACCCUUUAUGUGUUCACAGUGCCUUUAGACUGAGAUAUCCAAUCAGGAAUUCAGCGUGCCUUAAGAAACCUUGCCAUCUCUUGAAAUGCAAAGUGCUAUCAUUAUUUCUUCACUUUUCAUUUAAUAGUUUAAUUUAUGGCAAAGAAUAUCCGUCACAAAACAAAUAAAAUACAAUUUGGCACUUUGUGAUUUCAAAAAGUAGCUAACACUGUAAUAUAUUGCAUGAUAUUAUAAUAGCUGGAUAUAAAUAGUAUUUCUGUUAAGGUUUGUCAGGUGGCUGAUAACAUUUGUCUGUAUAUAUGGUAUUUUGGGCAUUUUGUGUGUAUGUUUUACAUUUCUGUAAAAAGGUUGUAAAUAU